AUGGCCCAGCACAUGGCCAAGACGUACGGCAUCUACAAGCUCCAGAGCUCGUGUGUCGGCUUUGGGAACAGCAGAUUCGUGAAGAUUCUCGCACCGCACCUUGGCGGCACGUUCACGACGGUGCCGUCGGGCUCCGACUUGCUCACGACAUUCAAGAAGAUCUCGGUCGCCGACCAGGACUCGUGGCCACGACGACGACGCGACCGACAACGGCAGCUAUGA